GUAAUUUUUUUAAAGCUAUGUUCGUUUGUGAUUUUUGAAACCAUCACAUUCGAUCACAUGUCUCGGCCGAUCUCGGCAGCGAAGCUAGCGAACCGAUGUAUGCUUGGCGGCUGGAAAUGGAGGAGGUGUUGCAGCAGUUGCAGUGGUUGCAGUUUAUGUGUUGACAAGAAAUUUCACCUCCGCGCUGCUUUUCCCGAGGGAGAGCAAGACCAAUGGAACAUGGCAGAAGCUAAAGGGACCGACCAGAAGUAUGACGUGGACUGGGAGCAAAAAAACAGCAGUAUACCAAGCCCCACGUUGCCUGGCGUGUUUUCAUUCUCACGCACAUCAUCCACAGGCUCCAUAGACAACAUACUUACUUCCUCGUCAGCUCACAACACAGAUGAUGAGGACAGUGACCACAAGUCCACAAUCAGCUACAAGGAACGCAGGCGAGAGGCCCACACGCAGGCUGAGCAGAAACGCCGGGACGCUAUCAAGAAGGGAUACGACGACCUGCAGAUGCUGGUGCCGACAUGCCAACAGGACAGUUCGAACUCCUUCAAAAUGAGCAAGGCUACAGUCCUUCAGAAGUCAAUAGAUUAUAUCACUUUCCUGCUGCAACAGAAGAAAAAGCAUGAAGAAGAGCUCAACGCACUUCGAAAGGAAGUUGUUGCCCUUCAAAUUAUGAAAGCGAAUUAUGAGCAGAUUGUCUUGGUACACCAAAGCCAGCCAGGUCAGAAUAAUAACCAGAUCAGUGAUGAAGUCAAGUUUCAAGUGUUUCAGGCAAUUGGCGAUUCCCUGUUCACCUCGUUCAACUCCUCCAUAUCCGUGGCCAACUUUGCCGAGCUGUCCGGGGGCGUGUUCAGCUGGCUUGAGGAGUACUGCAAGCCCCAGACACUCAAGGACAUGGUGCUGCAGAUCUUGUCUCAGCUGAACCAGACAUUUGGAUCACGUCACUCCUAGCUGGGCGCGCGGGAAAAGCCGCCACGGUCACCGAAGGGACAAGAACGAUGGGGUGUCUCCUUCAUAUGCCCGGCCUCUGGCGUGUGGCCAUUGCCCUUUGCCGCGCUUUGGCUGCGCGUACACGCUCUGUGCUCACGAGGUGCCUAAGCGUCAUCAAAGGUGGGACGCUCACGCUGGAGGCACUCGUGGACCUCCCUGCCAUUUCUACACUGUCCAUGACUAUGUAGAGUGCAAGUUCAUCCGCUUCUUGCACAGGGUUUGCGACAAUGUCAGAAAGCCAAAAUAGGUAGAUUCUGAGGCAUUUAGCAUUAGAGGUCUACCCACUAUCCUUUCUAUCAGUUUUCAGCGCUUAGCGUCGUUUUGACGUCACCGCAACCCCUGCACAAGAAGCAGAUGACUUGCUCUCUGCGUAGCACCUUGUGUAUAUUAGUGUGUAAGGCGAGAUGCAAAAAGAAGCACCGAAAGAAUGUUAAAGUAUACUUUUGUACUUUUAUUUUUUCUUUGUCCAGCCUCGCUUUAUACGGUUAUUUUUUAUUUUUGUUUCUCCCAUUUCUUUUAUCUAGUUUUAUGUGUUGGUCGUCUCAACUUGGUGACGACAGAGUUUAAGCAAUGUUUAUGGUUGUUAUACCAGUAUAUGUGCAGCUUGAAGCGUUAGGUUAUUAGUGCCCCUAAGUGGACUUCCUGUACAUAAGGCAGAAGAUUAUGAUCAAGCAUGUCAUUGAUGUCUGUUCCAGUUCUGAAGUCAGGUUGAGUUGAUUCAGACAUCUCAUAGUGUUUCUAGUUAGUUACCUUACACUGUACAAAUUUAGCUAGUUCUUAUAAUAAGGAACUGUCAAAAGUUAUGUUUCUAUAUACUUACAGAAUUGAGUGACUUAUGGUAAACAGAUUUCUUCUGUUCUCGGAUACGAGUAUACCAUGUUCUGUAAAAGCAUGCUAAAAGAUUAUCUUAUUACCUGAACAAUGAGUAGGUUAACCAGUAGUAUACAUUUCUGGCAGUCAUUGCAUGAAUACCCACAUGUGCUCCAUGUUUACAUAAUGCUUGCAGAGUCCUUGAUUUCCCUCUUAAAAAAACAAAUUGUGAAUAAACUGUUAGUACAAAUGUUUGCUGCAAACAUAACAUAAUUCCUUGACCUUCAUCAGCCAAGCGAAUAUAACCAAAUUUCUUACAUAUUCAGUACCUGAAACCACAGUCAGCAUGGCCUUGUCCCAGUCCUUCUGUACGUUGUACGUGAAAAGUCUGACAAUAAAAAAAAAGAAAAAGAA